CCGGCGCAGUGGAAACAGCUUGUGAGAGCCCUUUUGUUUCAGCGUGAACUCGGAAAUGGCAGGGAGAGGCUGAGUCCGCUGGGAGAGGAGGGAGACCGAUCGUGUGUGCUGCGUUGCCCCCCCUGAAAGCCGGCAUCAGAGAAUGUGUCAGACCCAGAGUGGGGCAUUUUGGGAACUGCUGGUUAAAAGAGAGGAUAUUACCUGGGCUGAGAUUGCAUCAUUGGAGAUGUAAGCUUGGAACUGCUUUACCCACAGGGAGCUGUAGCUGACGCGAGUACCUGAGGCAGCGCUGACGGCAGCCAUGGCCCCCCGCAAGCGCAGUGGCAGGGGCAUCUCCUUCAUCUUCUGCUGCUUCAAAGGCAGCGACCACCCGGAGAUCACCUACCGCCUGCGCCAUGACAGCAACUUCGCCCUGCAGGUCAUGGAGCCCGCCCUGCCCAUGCCCCCGGCUGAGGAGCUGGACGCCAUGUUCUCCGAGCUGGUGGAUGAGCUUGACCUCACAGAGAAACACAGAGAGGCCAUGUUUGCCCUCCCAGCAGAGAAGAAAUGGCAGAUAUACUGCAGUAAAAAGAAGGAACAGGAGGAAAACAAAGGGGCCACCAGCUGGCCUGAGUACUACAUUGACCAGUUGAAUUCCAUGGCGGCUAGGAAGACUCUCCUUGCCCUGGAAAAGGAAGAUGAAGAGGAGAGGAACAAGACAAUUGAGAGCUUGAAGACAGCUUUACGGACACAGCCUAUGAGGUUUGUGACCAGGUUCAUCGACCUGGACGGGCUGACCUGUAUAAUGAACUUCCUGAAGAGCAUGGACUAUGAGACCACAGAGUCCCAGAUCCAUACCUCCCUUAUCGGCUGCAUCAAGGCGCUGAUGAACAACUCCCAGGGCCGCGCCCACGUUCUCUCUCACCCUGAGAGCAUCAAUAUCAUCGCCCAGAGCCUUAGCACGGAGAACAUCAAAACCAAGGUGGCCGUGCUGGAGAUCAUGGGCGCCGUGUGCCUGGUGCCCGGCGGGCACAAGAAGAUUCUGGAAGCAAUGCUGCACUACCAGAAGUUUGCCUGUGAAAGAACGCGCUUCCAGACCUUGCUGAAUGAUCUGGACAGGAGUACAGGGCGGUACAGGGAUGAAGUGAACCUGAAAACAGCCAUCAUGUCCUUCAUCAAUGCAGUCCUCAGUCAAGGAGCUGGGGAGCUAAGCCUGGAGUUUCGAGUCCAUCUGCGAUACGAGUUCCUCAUGUUGGGCAUCCAGCCAGUUAUAGAUAAACUGCGAUCACAUGAAAACUCCACGUUAGAUCGGCACUUGGAUUACUUUGAAAUGCUGAGAAACGAAGAUGAACUGAGUCUGUCGAAACGGUUUGACACUGUGCACAUAGACACUAAAAGUGCUACCCAGAUAUUUGACCUCAUCCGAAAGAAGAUGAACCACACAGAAGCAUAUCCGCACUUUAUAUCCGUCUUACACCACUGUCUCCUCAUGCCUUACAAGAGAAGUGGGAACACGGUGCAGUACUGGCUGCUGCUUGACCGCAUUGUGCAGCAGAUUGUCCUGCAGAACGACAAGGGUCAGGACCCUGACGUCACACCACUGGAGAACUUCAAUGUGAAGAAUGUGGUCCGAAUGCUGGUCAAUGAAAAUGAAGUCAAACAGUGGAAAGAGCAGGCAGAAAAAAUGCGAAAAGAGCACAACGAGCUGCAGCAGAAGCUGGAGAAGAAGGAGCGGGAGUGCGAUGCCAAGACGCAGGAGAAGGAGGACAUGAUGCAGACCCUCAACAAGAUGAAAGAGAAGCUGGAAAAGGAGAGCAGCGAGCACAAGCUUGUCAAGCAGCAAGUGGCGGACCUCUCCUCCAGGCUUCACGAGCUCUCCACCAGGCCAAACCCUAGCAUCCCCGGGGGCCCUCCCCUGAUACCAGGAGCCCCGGGCGGCCCUCUACCUCCUCCUCCUCCACCUGGUGGCAUGCCUCCUCCCCCUCCGCCUCCCCCGGGAGGAGCCCCUCCACCCCCGCCCCCUCCGCCAGGAGGACCUCCUCCACCCCCGGGACUCCCUCCUUUUGGUGGGGUGCCUCCUCCCCCUGGGGCGCCCAUGGGACCGGCCCUCAAAAAGAAGAACAUUCCCCAGCCAUCCAACCCUCUGAAGUCCUUCAACUGGGCCAAGCUGGCUGAGAAUAAGCUGGAGGGAACUGUGUGGACAGAGGUGGAUGAUAUCAGGGUUUUCAAAAUUCUAGACCUGGAAGAUAUUGAGAAGACCUUCUCAGCUUACCAGAGGCAGCAGGACUUCUUUAUGACCAAUAACAGCAAACAGAAAGAAACAGAAGAUGAUUCCCUAAGCUCCAAAAAAGUCAAGGAGUUGUCUGUCAUUGAUGGCCGUAGAGCUCAAAACUGCAACAUCCUGCUGUCUCGGUUGAAGCUGUCCAAUGAGGAGAUCAAGAGGGCCAUCCUGACUAUGGAUGAGCAGGAGGAUCUUCCCAAAGACAUGCUGGAGCAGCUGUUGAAAUUUGUCCCUGAAAAGAGUGACGUGGACCUCCUGGAGGAACACAAGCAUGAGCUGGACCGCAUGGCAAAAGCGGACAGGUUCCUGUAUGAGAUGAGCAGAAUCAACCACUACCAGCAGAGGCUGCAGUCCCUGUACUUCAAAAAGAAGUUUGCAGAGAGAAUCGCUGAGAUCAAACCAAAAGUUGAAGCGCUAACCAAGGCCUCCAAGGAAGUUCUUCACAGCCGCAACCUGAGGCAGCUGCUGGAGGUGGUGCUGGCCUUCGGAAACUACAUGAACAAAGGCCAGAGGGGCAACGCCUACGGCUUCAAGGUGUCCUCUCUCAACAAGAUUGCCGACACCAAGUCCAGCAUCGAUAAGAACAUCACUCUCUUGCACUACCUGAUCACCAUUCUGGAGAAGAAGUAUCCCAAAGUUGCCAUGUUCCACGAGGACCUGGAGAAUGUGCCGGAGGCUGCAAAAGUGAACAUGACGGAGUUGGAGAAAGACAUCAACAACCUCCGCAGUGGUCUGAAGAACGUGGAAAGUGAGCUGGACUACCAGAAGAACCGUCCUCAGGAGUCAGGGGACAAGUUUGUGUCCGUGGUCAGCCAGUUCAUCACAGUGGCCAGCUUCAGCUUCUCAGACGUGGAGGAUUCCCUUCAGGAGGCCAAAGAGCUGUUCGCCAAGGUGGUGAAGCACUUCGGGGAGGAUGCAGCCCGAAUGCAGCCGGACGAGUUCUUCGGCAUCUUCGAUCAGUUCUUGCAGUCCUACGCCGAGGCCAGGCAGGAGAACGAGAACAUGCGCCGGCGCAAGGAGGAGGAGGAGAGGAGGGCCCGCAUGGAGGCGCAGCUCAAGGAGCAGCGAGAGAGGGAGCGCAAGGCGCGGAAGGCGGAGGAGGACGGCGAGUUCGAUGACCUGGUGUCAGCGCUGCGCUCUGGGGAGGUGUUCGACAAGGACCUGUCCAAGAUGAAGCGCAACCGUAAGCGCAUCAACAGCCAGGCAACGGAAACCAGCAGGGAGCGGCCCGUCACCAAGCUCAACUUCUAAGGAGGCGGAAGGCCACACACCCUUCCCUCUCUCCCCCCGUCACCAGAGGUUCCUCCUCUCAGCUCACGCCUGCUGAGAACAGCUUUUAUCCUCUGGUCACACUGCCCUCUAGUGGCAAACAGUGGGGUGCUGUUUCUGGUGAAGCUGAUUCACCCCUAUUUGUCUCCCUUUGCUAAAAAAAAAAAAAAAAAAAGAACAGUAAAUAUAAAAAGGCCAUUAUUUUCUCCUCUGUUGCAGAAGCACAAAAGUCACAAAAUUUAAGAGGUUUUGUCUGUCUGGAAACAGAUUACCAAAUGGACAUUCGCUUUGAGGAAGACUAGAGUGGAAAAAGCAAACAGAGUUAGGAAUGGCUCGCUAGCUCCCUAUCUUACCUGCCAAAAUAUGUUUUUUUUUUAAAUUUUAUUUUGUUUGAUAUGAUGGUGUUUUCAGUCAGUGGAUGUGACUGUGAAUGCUAUGGUGCUGGUGCACUGUAGCUGCUAGUUUUCAGUAGCAGUGCUGACUGCAGAGCUCUGGGACCUGCAACCUGGCCCUAGCAGAAGGCGGGACUGGGACAAACCACCCUUGGGUAUAUAGAGGGGGCUUCUGCUCAGCUGCGGCUUUUCAUAACUGUGGGGAAGAGAGCACGUGCACUCCUUUUCCCCCCUAGCUGAACCAAGUUACCCUCCUCUUGAAAUGCAGAAGGGAAAGAUAACCCAAAAGGAUAAGCUUUUCUCUAAUAUCUGCAGUGUUAGGGCUGUGGGAGAGAAUAACAGCGCAUGUUUAUUUCAGCCAGGAUACCCUGACUUACCAUGUGCUCACAGAGAACAUUCCGUGCCCCGUUGAAUGGCAGACUUGUUUUCACCCCACAGAAACGACACAAAGGGAGAUUCUCCUGCUCUGCAUUGACGAUAUUUUUUUUUAAAAAGCUGGAUUUUUUAAGGACUUGAGACAUGAGUACUUACAAUAGGACCACACAUGCAAUAAGUUUGAAACAAUAUGAAAAUAUCUUCUCUAUUUCUCCAAGAAAAAGUGAGACAAAUGCAAAAUGUAUGCAGAAUAUAAUAUUUCAAGAGCAGCACUUUGUUAAUUCUGAGGUCGGCCUGUGUGAGCUCACUUUUUGGUAUGUCUUCAAGGAAUAUUUAAAAGACAAGUCUGUCAUGUUGAAGCACUGUGGAUAUGAGUUUCAAAACUUCUAUGCAUCCAAAAAAGUUGUUUUAUCCCAGCUGUAUGUGUGUACAUACAAACAUACACACAUAUUUACUCACGUAUUUACUCACAUUUAAAUCAGGCAGCACCUCUCCCAUCAGUUACAUCCUGUUGGUCGUUGUCCCCUGGAAUACAGUUUUUUUUUAUUAAUAGCCUCCUUUUACGGUUUCCUUUCCAUGUGGGUUCCUUCUG